AUGCCAAAAUUAUCCAAACUAAAACUUAAAGUACUUAAAGCUAAUCAGGCAUCAGUAAAUGCAAUAAAAGUUGCUAAACGUGAAGAACAAAUUCAAACUAUCAAUAAAGCACUUUUACAAAUGAAUAAUAAUGAGUUUCAACUGAUUUAUCAAGAUAUUGUUCAAUCAACUAAUAAUAAAAAAGUUUACCAUUUAGAGCUGCUUUGA